AUUCUUAUGAACUUGGUCGACUGAUGUGGCAGAUGCCUGCAGCAUUCACCUCACUCAACAUCCCAUCUGCAUAUGCUUUUGUGUUUUUUCUAUCUGCAUUCUUAUUUACACUGAUGUUUCUGUGUGUAGGUACACUCACUAUUGUGGAUAAUGUCAUGGAUUCCUUGAAAGGCUGGAUAGACAGACAUGCAUGCAGUAAGAUUGCAGUACAUUUGCUUGUGACAUUUGUGGUGAUGCUGCUUUCCAAAGGCAUUGGUAUCAUUCAGACUACAAAGGCAGGCCAUUACUACUAUUUACUGUUCACCCAGUCCAUGGAUAAGUUGAGGUUCUUGUUAAUAAUCUUAUUGGCACUGGGACUUGUGGUUGUGUAUGUGAAACAAAACUUUGGCUUAAUAGAGCGCAUACUCAUGGGCUUUUGGUUUACUAUGUCAGCUGUAGUUUGUUCAGGACUGUGGCUGUAUAAUCUCUACAAGCAGAUAGAGAUGAACUCUACAAAUGUGAAAUAUGAUGCACUGAGUUCACCAGCUAGUGGAGAUUUCCCACCAGACUGGGUUUGGGUCAGUUGGGCACUUGCUGGAUUUCCAUUCAUUGGUAUCAUACUUGGAGCCAUCCAUGCCUGUUUCUCUGCUUGUAAAGAUCCUUCACAUAAAUGUCGAAAGCUGUGCUGUGGAGUAACAGAACGUGUAAGAGAACAAAAUGGAGAAGAAUUUUUGCCACCCACACUUUUGAUGUCAGAGCCAAGUGCACCACCCUACAUGUACAGUUACAUGGAUCGACCACUCAGCGAUAGCGGUAGAAGAGAUGAUUAUCAUUUAGACCAUUAUAAACUGGACUAUGACCCACCUGAAACUGAGCCCUUGACACGGCAUGACAGAUCUACUCGUAUCUGA